AUGUGCCUAUACUCCCGCAUUGGAAGUGUACAAGAAAAACACGCAUCAAGUUUAAAGGAGAAAGAACCAAAAGAGAAAGAACCAAACGAGAAAGAACACGCAUCUGCGUAUGUUGAUUUAUUCUUAGGAAAACUAAAGGCCAAGUUUGACAUAAACACAGAGGAUAACACAGUUAAAAAGGGUUGUAUUGAGAUGAUGCAAUCUGCGACUCAGAUGGAAAACAAGCUAUCUACAACAACAGAAGGUGAAGAACUUAAGUCUGCGGCUCAAGUUGUUGCUGAUGUGCUUGCUGAGAACACCAAGAAGAAUCAGUUCUUGCAGAAUGUGGGGUACCAGAAUGCCCGGCGUAUUUCCAAUGAGCAGAGCGCUGAACUGGAAGCGGAGAAAAAGACCAAUGGUGAGCUUCGUGUACAAGUGGUUGAUUUGUCAAAUAAAGUGCAAGAAUCUGAGCAGGCAAGGAUUAUUGACCGAGAGGAGAUGAAGAUGAGUCAAUCUGAGAUGGAAGCAAAACUUAACCUUUUACUUAGUCAAAUUCGACCAAGUUAA